CUGCUGAAUCACCGGCGGGGCGGGGGGGAGAGAGGGGAGGCCGCUUCUCGCCCGCUUCACGCCGCGUUGUCGCCGCCCCGACCCUUCACCCCCGGAGCCUUGCCCCGGGAGCCGCCGUGCCCUCUCCCGCCGGGCAGGGGGACGAAGGGGUGGCAUCUCCGCCGCCGGUCCCCGCCGGGUGGUUUCGCCCCGUGGGGCGGCUGCUGCUCCUGCUUUUUACUUUCUUUUCAGCCUCGGGCGGAUCUCGCCCCCGUUUCCUCCCCAGGGGGAAGCCUGGGCCACCCGGCAGCCAGGCUGGGGCGUUUCGGGUCCCCUGGGCACACAGCAGCAUCCCGACCCCCCUCGGGGUGGGAUGAAGGGAGGGAUGGGUGGUCCAGCCUUUCUCCCUUCUUCUUCUUCGCAGUCGUUAUUACUGUUAUUAUUAUUAUUACUACUACUACGUAAUUUUUAAAGGAGUAAGAAUGAGUCAUAGGGGCCAGUGGGGGAGAUGUGGGCACCGGGCAGGGGGCCAGCGGGACCGGAGCCCUGUGUGCUGAGGUGAGGUGCUCGGGCAGGCAGUAACCAGCUUUUCUCCUGGCUGCUCGGCAGGGCUACUGUGAAGCAAGGAUGGCUGCGGACCCACUCUCCAGCAAGGCCCUGAAGGUGAAGCGGGAGCUGGGGGAGAACACGCCGCUGCUGUCAGACGAGGAGCUGAUGGGGCUGUCGGUGCGGGAGCUCAAUCACCACCUGCGGGGCCUCUCCAAGGAGGAGGUGGCAAGGCUGAAGCAGCGCCGGCGGACGCUGAAGAACCGAGGUUAUGCUGCCAGCUGCCGGGUGAAGCGCGUCUGCCAGAAGGAAGAGCUGCAGAAGCAGAAGAUGGAGCUGGAGUGGGAGGUGGACAAGCUGGCCCGGGAGAACGCUGCCAUGCGCUUGGAGCUUGACACCCUCCGUGGCAAGUAUGAGGCCCUCCAGGGCUUCGCCCGCACCGUGGCCACCCACGGGACCCCCGCCAAGGUGGCCACCGCCAGCGUCAUCACCAUCGUCAAGUCUGGUGCCAACCAGGCUGCCUAUUCCUAGUGUUGGCCUCCGUCCCCCGGCUGGGCAUAGCCCCCCCCGGGGCGCCUUCCCCCACAAACCCCCUCCUGUACCCUCCCUGACCUCCUUCCCACCAGGACCUGUGCCUGAAAUCCUCCUUCUCCCAUCCCUUGACCUCCAGCUCCCCUGUGUAGGGAGAGCUGUCGCGGCGUGAGUGCUGGGGCGGAGGACAGGACCCCACUGGUGGCCCCCGAAGCCCCGCAGCCCCCUUCCCUCCAACUCAGCCCCAUCCCCUGCUGCAGACACACAACCCCCCAAUCCCGGCCGGGCACUCCUCACCCUGCAGGGUGUGCACAGGAGAGGGUGAGCCUGGGCAGGCAGCAGCCAGGGGGAAGCAUCCCAUAGCUCCAAGCUGGCAGGAAAACACCAGACACCUCUCUUUAUUGGGGAGGACACGGGAGAGCUGAGUGUGGGCCAGGCUCUCCCAGGAGCACGUGCCAGGGAGGGAAAGGGGGAGAGAUGUUUCACAGCGAUCGGCAGGAGGGAUAUGAGGGAGGGGAAGGGGGUUGGCUUUUGGACCAUGGCUGGAGCAGGGAAGGAGGUGGCAGCCUCCGAGGAUGGAGGUAGCAAGGGAAAGUGGCAGGUCAGAGGGGGAGAGAAAGUGGCUGCAGGUUGGUGCCGGGUAAGGGUGAGCAGGGUGGGAAAGCGCCGUGGGAAGCCUGUGGGGCUGGGGGAGCCCGGAGGUGAUGGUGAUGGAGGAGGGACCCUCGGGCAGGGGAGGGCUGGGGGACGUGAGGGGGUCAGCCCAGGCUGUUGAACUGCAAAGGGGAGAAGCCGUGGUGCUGUUUUAUCUCGCUCCAUCACGCACAUCCUUCACGCCUCUUCCUGCCUACGGGGACGCUCAGCCCGGCCGGGUGUCUCCAAAACCCAGCGGCACCGGCAGGAAGGAAGCGGAGGCAGCUGGAGCAGAGAUAAACACUGUUUUGCUCAGCACAGGCCGGCUUGUACGGCCCCACCAAGGGCUCCCCGGCGCCCCACCGCCUACAAAGCCCAGAGAAAGGUGCUCCUGGCCCCCCGAGAGCUCAGAGCUGCGGAGGCAGAGUUGGGUGGAGGUGCAGGAGGUAGGAAGCAGGGGUGGAGAGCAUCCCUGCUCCUGGGAGCCGCCUGGCAGGCAGGUAGGCUCCUCCCUUUUCUUUUUUUUUUUCCUCCAGCUUGGACACUGGUGUGGGACAACCUGCUCUUCAGCACCUGAAAUGCUGGAGAAGAGCUGGGUUUGCUAAAUACAGGCAGCACAGGGGAGAUAACAGGAGGCAGACCCUCCUAGGUGCCUGCUGCCCUAGAUGAUCCUCCCCCUUUCUGCCCCUGCCCUGGGUAUUGCCACGCCAGCCGCCCUCGGCUGCAGCCUCCAUCCCUGGUGAGGUGCCAGCCGCUGGUGGAGGGGGGCACCGUGGUCAGCAUCCGCCGAUCCCACGC